AUGCAGUUCCUGUGGACAGCCUUUCUCAUUCUCUUCUGUUGGCUCUUGCUCUCGCUUCUACUGGCAGUGCCCAAUGUCGCUUGGUGCAUGAUAGCCAGUGUGUGUGAGCACGAAUUAGCUGGGGUCUACACAGGCCCUGGCGUUCGAAGACCCGGGUUCCAUCAAAGCAACAUUCCACUGCGACCAUUCUGGGAGGAGCCUGGCUAUCGCCCUCCUGAACGUCCACGCUACGAUCCGGCCUAUGGAAGGCAAAGUCUGCCCGUUCCCCCACCUGCCGGCUUAUCCUUCGGCGGUGGAGUUCCACCAAUACUGGCGAAAGCAAAUGAGUCCAUCGUUGCACAAUUUGGCAUUGGAAGGAGUGAACCCUUCUACUACGUCUUCAAUCUCACUUCGUAUGGUAGGCGGAAUGGAAUGUGCAUUUCUUAA